AUGAUGUGCGAGGUGAUGCCCACCAUCUCGGAAGACGGGCGUGGAGGAGGAGGAGGCGGCGGCUCGUCCUCACCGGCGGGCGGAGGAAGCACGGGGAACCUGGAGUCGCUGAUGGUGAACAUGCUGACGGAGAGGGAGAGGCUGCUGGAGAGCCUGAGGGAGACGCAGGACAGUCUGGGGACGGCGCACCUCCGCCUACGAGAGCUUGGCCAUGAGAAGGAGUCGCUCCAGAGGCAGCUGUCCAUCGCCCUGCCGCAGGAGUUUGCAGUACUGACCAAAGAGCUGAACCUCUGCCGGGAGCAGCUGCUGGAGAGAGAGGAGGAGAUCGCAGAGCUGAAGGCAGAGAGGAACAACACACGACUGCUGCUCGAACAUCUGGAGUGCCUGGUGUCCCGCCACGAGCGCAGCCUGAGGAUGACGGUGGUGAAGCGGCAGGCCCAGUCCCCGGCCGGCGUCUCCAGCGAGGUGGAGGUCCUCAAAGCCCUCAAGUCGCUGUUCGAGCACCACAAAGCCCUGGACGAGAAGGUGCGGGAGAGGCUCCGGGUGGCUCUGGAGAGGGUGGCGGUGCUGGAGGAGGAGCUGCAGUCGUCCUCUCAGGAGGUCGUGUCUUUAAGGGAGCAAAUCAAACGGCGGCAGCAGGGACUAGACAACGGCAAGGAGCGGCUUCCCAACGGCCCUUCCUCCAUCUUGGACGAUGGUGAGAUCGACCGGCAGCGGGAAGGUGAGAUUGAGCGGCAGAGGUCAGAGCUGGGGCAGCUCAAGGAGCGACUGGCCCUCAUGUGCAGACAGGUCGGGGAGAUCGAGGAGCAGCUGACGUCGGCCCGGCGGGAGCUCGCCCGGUCGGAAGAGACCAACCAAAAGCUACAGAGGGACGUGAAGGAGGCGCUCUGUCAAAGGGAAGACAUGGAAGAGAGAAUCACCACAUUAGAACGCAGGUACCUGAGCGCCCAGAGGGAGGCGACGUCUCUCCACGACAUAAAAGACAAACUGGAAAACGAGUUGGCCAGCAAGGAGUCCCUCUACAGACAGAGCGAAGAGAAAAACCGGCAGCUUCAGGAGCGUCUGGAUGAUGCCAAGCAGAAGCUGCAGCAGACCCUGCAGAGGGCCGAGACGCUGCCGGAGAUCGAAGCCCAGCUCGCCCAGAGAGUGGCGGCGCUCAACAAGGCGGAGGAGCGUCAUGGCAACUUUGAGGAGCGACUGCGACAGAUGGAGGCGCAACUGGAGGAGAAGAACCAGGAGCUCCAGAGGGCGAGGCAGAGGGAGAGGAUGAACGACGAACACAACAAGCGUCUCUCCGACACUGUGGACAAGCUGCUGUCUGAGUCCAACGAGAGGCUGCAGCUCCAUCUGAAGGAGAGGAUGGCAGCUCUGGAGGAAAAGAACGCUCUAUCUGAGGAGCUGUCGAACAUGAAGAAACUCCAGGAUGAUCUAUUGGCAAACAAGGACCAGCUGAUAGCGGAGCUGGAGAGGAUUCAGCUGGAGUUGGAUCAGCUGAGAGCGAGGCCCGGGGGCUCCUAUUCCAGUCGCUCUCUGCCAGGUAGCGCUCUGGAGUUGAGGUAUUCCCACGGAGGCGGGUCCCUCCCAGCAGGCUCCACCACUCACCUGGAUCCCUUCAGUAACGCCUCCGCUGGGGGCGUGGUCAGGCGAAGUCAUUGGACCCGCUGGAGCUCCGCCCGCGAGGACUCCACCAAGUACCCAGACUGGGAGAGCGGGGCUCUGCUGGGGACUGGGUUCGAGCCGGGCAUGGAUGUGGGCUGCUCCGACGACGAGGACGAUGGCGAUCAUCGCUUCGGCUCCGAGCUCCUGUCGCCCAGCGGACAGACGGACGUGCAGACCCUGGCCAUCAUGCUGCAGGAACAGCUGGAGGCCAUCAAUAAGGAGAUCAAAUUGAUCCAGGAGGAGAAGGAGAACACAGAGUUGCGGGCCGAGGAGAUCGAGAGCCGGGUCAGCGUGGCGUUGGACAGCCCGCCCAUCCCUCCCUCCUCCCUGGGGAGAGACAGCACAGGACGGGGCUUCAUCCCCUCGUCCAUCACAUCCUCCACCCUGGCCUCCCCCUCUCCCCCCAGCUCCGGACACUCCACCCCUCGCCUGCCUCACUCUCCAGCCCGGGAGACCGACAGACAGGUACUGCUGAUAUGUAGAGAUGAACUCCAGUUCCACAAAGAGGACGAUCGGUCCCUCGCUCUUCUCGACUCUACGCCUCCUCCCACUCCUCGGGCGCUGCGAUUGGACAGGAUGACCCUCACCCAUCCAGGGGCGAUGCUCGACGACCCCCGAGAGUUUCGCAGUCUUUCGGCAGAUGGCAGCAGCUCCAACAGCAGCCAAGAUUCUCUCCACAAGUCCAGCAAGAAGAAAAGCAUCAAGUCUUCCAUCGGUCGGCUUUUUGGGAAGAAGGAGAAAGGAAGGAUGGGCCAGCCUGGGCGAGAUGGAUCUGCUUCUCUUGCAUCUACACCCUCUGAAGAUCUGGCCUCUGGAGACCCGAUGGGGAUGAACAAGACGGGAACUCUCGGUCCAGCAGAUAAAGACCGCCGCAGCAAGAAGAAGCAUGAGCUACUGGAGGAAGCAUGUCGCCAAGGACUUCCCUUUGCAUCCUGGGACGGACCUACUGUUGUAUCUUGGUUGGAGCUGUGGGUGGGGAUGCCGGCCUGGUACGUCGCCGCCUGCCGUGCCAAUGUGAAGAGCGGCGCCAUCAUGGCCAACCUGUCCGACACGGAGAUCCAGAGGGAGAUCGGCAUCAGCAACCCGCUGCACCGCCUCAAACUGCGGCUGGCCAUCCAGGAGAUGGUGUCCCUCACCAGCCCGUCGGCUCCGGCCAGCACUCGCUCUAUACUGGCCUACGGCGAUAUGAAUCACGAGUGGGUGGGCAACGACUGGCUGCCCAGCCUUGGCCUGCCGCAGUAUCGCAGCUACUUCAUGGAGUCCCUGGUGGACGCCCGCAUGCUGGACCACCUGACCAAGAAGGAGCUGAGAGGACAGCUCAAGAUGGUGGACAGCUUCCACAGGGUCAGUUUGCAUUAUGGCAUCAUGUGCCUGAAGCGCCUGAACUACGAUCGCAAGGAGCUGGAGCGGAGGCGAGAGGAGAGCGCCCACCAGAACAAAGAUGUGAUGGUUUGGUCCAACGAACGUGUCAUGUGCUGGGUGCAGACGAUCGGUCUGAAGGAAUACGCCGACAACCUCCGUGAGAGCGGCGUCCACGGAGCUCUGCUGGCUUUAGACGACACAUUCGACUACACCGACCUGGCGCUGCUGCUGCAGAUCCCAAAUCAGAACACACAGGCCAGACAGCUCCUGGAGCAAGAAUACAACUCCCUCAUCUCCAUGGGAACAGAGAGACGGCCUGAUGAGGAUGGAACUAAGACGUUCACCCGCUCGCCCUCCUGGAGGAAGAUGUUUAGGGAGAAGGACCUUCGGGGCGUGACCUCUGACUCCGCCGAGACGCUGCCUGCUAACUUCCGUGCCUCAGCCAUCUCCACGCCCUCCGUUACCCUGAGAAAGGUCCAGAGUGACGGUGACUCUGGUGCCCGGGGUGAAUCUGCCUCAGUGAGGACGUACUCCUGUUGAGGGGCUGAGGGCGCCGACUGGAUUGGACUAGAGGACCCUCUCGCUCAUCCGCGGAGAAAGAAGCAAUGAAUAUAUCCAUUUAACUUAAAAAUAAAUCUAUCAGUCUGACCAUUCUGCAAUAACAGAAGCGAAGGAAUGAAAGGGGGAAAAUUAAGAACGUAUGAAUGUAUUUUCCGACCAGAUCAGUGGGAAGGUUGACUGCUGUUUUCUCUCUCCGCCUCUCUCCUCCUGUCUUUGCUCUUCCUCUCUGUGAAUUCAAAGGAAAACGCCGGCGUUGGUCACUUCGGUGCAGGUUUCACCUCUUUUCAUUCCUGUCUGCACACAGUCGGCAGAGUUGGCAAUAUCAGGGCUCAUUUUCCUCCCUUCAGAGGAAACCACUCGCUGCCAUUUAUUGUCUUACAGUUCGAAAAACAGAUCAACAUGUCGCCUUACGACUUCUGCUCGGCAGCAGGUGUUUUUAACGAGGGCCGGGGCAGAAGUUAACCUCACCGUAAAGAUUUUAAAACCGGGAAGGAUGUUUUGGGAGGGGUGGAAUGGUUAGAUAGACGUGUCAUAAACA